AUGAGUUAUAACAUUUUUACUAGAGUUUCGUUUGAAAACGCUAAAGGUUUGAUUCCUCAUAUGAUUAGAGGAAUUUCAACAUCGAAAUCCCAUCGAGUAGACACAAUUAAUCUACGAUCCGAAAAUCCUCAACAACGUAUAAAGGAAAGGAUAUCAGCAAUUGAUAAAGAAAGACCAUUUAGCAAUUUUUUAACGGAUAGGUUUGAUCGACAACAUACAUAUCUUCGCAUAUCGAUAACGGAACGAUGUAAUUUGAGAUGUAAUUAUUGUAUGCCAGCCGAAGGUGUCGAUUUAACUCCCGUUCAUAACCUACUGUCAACCGAAGAAAUCAUACGAAUUUCGCAGUUAUUCGUUUCUCAAGGUGUCAACAAGAUUAGACUAACAGGAGGUGAACCAACGGUAAGAAAGGAUAUUGUUGAAUUGAUUGGUGAAUUGGGCAAAUUGAAACCUCAGGGUUUACAGACUAUUGCCAUGACAUCAAAUGGUAUUGCAUUGAAAAGAAAGUUACCAAAAUUGGUUGAAAAUGGACUAAAUUCGUUGAAUGUCAGCAUGGAUACUUUGGAUCCAUAUAAAUUCGAACUAAUCUCAAGACGCAAAGGUCUUGAUCGAGUGUUGGAAACAAUUGAUCAGGGUAUUGCGCUGGGAAUUCGUCCUAUGAAAGUCAAUUGUGUAGUAAUACGUGGUGUCAAUGACCAAGAAGUGUUGGAUUUUGUCGAAUUGACACGCAAUAAACCAAUUGACAUGAGAUUCAUUGAAUAUAUGCCAUUUGAUGGAAACAAAUGGAACAAGAAAAAACUUAUUCCAUAUAGGGAAAUGUUAGAUAAUAUUAAAAUAAAGUAUCCUGACGUUCGAAAGUUAUCAAACGAUUCACAUGAUACUUCAAAGGCAUUUAACGUACCAGGUUAUGUCGGACGAUUUGGAUUCAUAACUUCAAUGACCGAUCAUUUUUGUGGAACUUGUAACAGACUUAGAAUCACCGCUGAUGGAAAUUUGAAAGUUUGUUUAUUCGGAAACGCCGAAGUCAGUUUACGUGAUCUAUUACGUGAAAAUGUUCCUGAUCAACAGCUGCUAGAGAUUAUAGGAUCAGCUGUUAAAAAUAAAAGGAAGCAACAUGCAGGUAUGUUUGAAUUGGCUGAAACAAAAAAUCGGCCAAUGAUUCUUAUUGGCGGUGGACGUGCUUCAAUGGUUAACGUUUCCACAAAAUCUUCAACUUAUCGUACAGCAACAGCAUUUGGAAAAGUUCAUAUUGGACGUCAAGCAUUUGAACUUGUACGUACUAAUACAAUGAAAAAAGGUGAUGUCUUAACAACAGCACAAAUUGCUGGUAUAAUGGCUGCAAAACAAACAGGAAACCUCAUACCGUUAUGUCAUCCACUCUUAUUAUCACAUGUUAGUGUAGAUUUAACAUUGGAUGAAAAGGAUAAUUAUGCUGUAAAAAUUCUUUCAAAAGUUGAAUGUGAAGGAAAGACUGGUGUUGAAAUGGAAGCUCUUACUGCUGUUAGUAUAGCUGCACUAACAGUUUUUGACAUGUGUAAGGCUGUAGGAAAGGAAAUGAUCAUUUGUGAUUUGAAGGUUGUGGAGAAAACUGGUGGAAAAAUGGGGACGAAACCAUUUGUAGUUUCGACUGUUCUACCAUUUAUAGUCCCAAUACCAUCAUUAAAUAGUGAAGAUGGUGACUGCAUAAUGAAAUCGGUUAGAAACACUGGAUCCACCUUAACUCAUUAG